UCUGCGUUUGGAAAUAGGUCCUGUCCUGAGCCCUCGAGGUCACCAGGAGUCCAAGGGGUAAUGUAUCUAUUUAUGACUGGAGUCUUCCUUCUCACUGUCUUAGGGAAUCUGGCCGUAAUCAUUUCCAUCUCAUAUUUCAAGUGGCUUCACUCUCCAACCAAUUUGCUCAUCCUGUCCAUGGCUGCCGCAGACUUCCUACUGGGCUUCACCGUUAUGCCCUUCAGCAUGGUUAGGUCUGUGAAGAACUGCUGGUACUUUGGGAUCACGUUCUGCAAAGUUCAUUACAGCAUGGACUUGAUGCUCUGCUUAGCUUCCAUCUUCCACCUUUGCUCCCUUGCUGUUGAUCGCUUUUACGCAAUCUGCCAUCCCUUACAUUACUCCAGCACGAUGACUGCCACUGCUACAAGACAAAUAAUAGUAGUAUGUUGGUCGGUGCCUGCUGCAUUUGCUUUUGGGGUGGUUUUCUCAGAAGCUUAUGCUUCUGGAAUUGAGGACUAUGAAAAUUUGGUUAAGUGCUUGAGUUUGUGUCCACUUGUAUUCAACAAAGUGUGGGGCACUGUUUUAUUUACAGUGGGUUUAUUUGUUCCUAGCUGUAUUUUGGUAGGGAUUUAUGCCAAAAUUUUUGUAGUCUCCCAGAAGCACACAAGUUCAGUGUCCCAGGUACACAAUCACACCAAAGGUGUUACGAAAAAUUGGAGUAAAGAUAGGAAAGCUGCCAAGACGCUGAGUAUAGUUAUGCUGGGUUUCUUAGUAUGCUGGUUUCCUUGUUUUUUUUCCAUCUUAGUCGAUCCAUUUUUAAAUUUCUCUACUCCUUUACCUUUGUUUGAUGCUGUAAACUGGUUCGGUUAUUUCAAUUCUUUCUGUAAUCCACUAAUAUAUGGCUUUUUUUAUCCAUGGUUUCGGAAAUCACUUAAGUAUAUCUUAAAGGGUAAAAUAUUCAACCCACAUUAUCGCACAGCAAAGCUUUCUUCUGAAGAUGAGUCACAGUAA